CUCUCUCUCUCUCUCUAAUAAAAACACCGAACACGCGUUUCUCCAAUCUCUCUCCCCCCAAAACAGAAACCCUAACCCUAGCGAUCAUGGCUGCACAAGCGGCCAACCUCUUUGAGACCGCAUCCCAACCGGACACCACGGCGCCGACGCCUAGCACCCCCCAUUCUCGAAUUCAUCCCCUACCGCCGCCCGUCAACGACUCUAUCAAUUCCUCCGCCUCGGCCUCCGCCUCCUCGUCUCCCGCCAACAAGACCAGGGCCCUCGAUGCCCUAACCUCUGGAAUCGGAGGGUUGAACUUCGAGGAGACGGGAGACGACGAGGGGUUCGAAUUCAAUAAAGGCGAUGCCUUUUUGGAGCAUGCAUGUAGAUACUGUGGGGUGUCGAAUCCGGCGUGCGUUGUUAGAUGCAAUAUACCUUCGUGCCGAAAGUGGUUCUGUAAUUCGAGGGGUAAUACUUCGGGUUCGCACAUCGUCAACCAUUUGGUUCGAGCAAAACAUAAGGAAGUUUGUCUCCACAAAGACAGCCCUCUAGGGGAAACAAUCCUGGAGUGCUACAACUGUGGCUGUCGGAACGUAUUCCUUCUUGGAUUUAUAUCUGCAAAGACAGAAAGUGUUGUUGUUCUCUUGUGCAGAGAGCCUUGUUUGAAUGUCAAUGCACUGAAAGACAUGAACUGGGAUCUGAGCCAGUGGUGUCCCCUUAUCGAUGAUAGAUGUUUUCUCCAGUGGCUUGUUAAGAUACCUUCUGAGCAGGAACAGCUAAGGGCACGGCAAAUUAGUGCUCAGCAAAUAAACAAGGUGGAAGAACUUUGGAAGACGAACCCUGAUGCUUCUUUCGAGGAUCUUGAGAAACCUGGUGUAGAUGAUGAACCUCAACCUGUCGCCCUGAAGUAUGAAGAUGCUUACCAGUAUCAAAAUGUAUUUGCUCCAUUGAUUAAACUUGAAGCUGAUUAUGACAAGAUGAUGAAAGAGUCACAAAGUAAAGAUAGUGUAACAAUUCGUUGGGAUAUUGGUCUUAACAAGAAGCGAGUUGCUUAUUUUGUUUUUCCCAAGGAAGAUAAUGAAUUACGUUUGGUUCCUGGAGAUGAGUUGCGGCUACGAUAUUCAGGAGAUACAGCACACCCUGCAUGGCAAUCUGUGGGACAUGUGAUCAAGUUGACUGCCCAAGAAGAAGUUGCCCUUGAACUCCGUGCCAACCAGGGUGUUCCUGUUGAUGUGAACCAUGGGUUCAGUGUUGAUUUUGUUUGGAAGAGUACCAGCUUUGAUCGGAUGCAAGGAGCAAUGAAAACUUUUGCUGUAGAUGAAACCAGUGUUAGUGGGUACAUAUACCAUCACUUAUUAGGUCAUGAAGUUGAACUUCAAGUCGUCCGCAACACUUUACCUCGACGCUUUGGUGCUCCAGGCCUACCAGAAUUAAAUGCAUCUCAGGUUUUCGCUGUCAAGAGUGUCCUUCAGAAGCCAAUUAGUUUAAUUCAGGGUCCUCCCGGUACAGGGAAAACCGUCACAUCUGCAUCUAUCGUGUAUCACAUGGCUAAACAAGGCCAAGGCCAAGUUUUGGUUUGUGCUCCAAGCAAUGUUGCCGUUGACCAAUUGGCAGAGAAGAUCAGCUCCACUGGGUUGAAGGUCGUUAGGCUUUGUGCCAAAUCAAGAGAGGCCGUUAGCUCACCCGUGGAACACUUGACACUUCACUAUCAGGUUCGACAUCUUGAUACAUCUGAGAAGAGUGAACUUCAUAAGCUGCAACUAUUGAAAGAUGAACAAGGAGAGCUCUCAAGUAGCGAUGAAAAAAAGUUCAAGGCAUUAAAACGGGCUACUGAAAGAGAGAUUCUACAAAGUGCUGAUGUAAUUUGUUGCACUUGUGUUGGUGCUGGAGAUCCUCGACUUUCCAAUUUCCGGUUCCGCCAGGUUCUAAUUGAUGAAUCUACUCAGGCAACAGAACCAGAGUGUCUUAUUCCCCUUGUCCUUGGAGUCAAACAGGUGGUACUUGUUGGUGAUCACUGCCAGCUUGGUCCAGUUAUUAUGUGUAAAAAGGCAGCUCGUGCUGGCUUAGCACAAUCUCUAUUUGAGCGCCUUGUGCUUCUUGGAUUGAAACCAAUCAGAUUGCAGGUUCAAUAUCGAAUGCAUCCUUGCCUGUCUGAAUUUCCUUCUAACAGCUUUUAUGAAGGUACACUUCAGAAUGGAGUAACCGUAAAUGAAAGGCAGACAACUGGUAUUGAUUUUCCUUGGCCAGUUCCUACUCGUCCUAUGUUUUUCUAUGUUCAGAUGGGACAAGAGGAGAUAAGUGCGAGUGGGACAUCCUAUUUGAACAGAACUGAGGCUGCAAAUGUUGAAAAAAUAGUAACAACCUUUUUGAGGAGCGGCGUAAUUCCUAAUCAGAUUGGCGUCAUUACACCUUAUGAAGGACAACGGGCAUACAUUGUAAACUAUAUGGCAAGGAAUGGAUCUCUUAGACAGCAACUUUACAAAGAAAUAGAGGUUGCAAGUGUUGAUUCCUUUCAAGGAAGGGAGAAGGAUUACAUAAUUUUAUCGUGUGUAAGAAGCAAUGAGCAUCAGGGUAUUGGGUUCCUUAAUGAUCCGCGUAGGCUGAACGUUGCACUAACUCGAGCUCGUUUUGGUAUUGUCAUUCUGGGAAACCCGAAAGUCUUGAGUAAGCAGCCUUUGUGGAAUGGAUUAUUGACACACUAUAAGGAGCAUGAGUGCCUUGUAGAAGGACCUCUGAACAAUUUAAAGCAGAGUAUGGUUCAGUUUCAAAAGCCAAAGAAGAUCUACAAUGAUCGCAGGCUUUUCUUUGGAGGUGGUCCUGGGAUGGUUUCCAGUGAUAGCUUUGGUUCCAUCAAUUCUUCAAGCCCUAGUGGUGAUAAGCGAGGAGGACGCAGUAAAGGUCAUCUUUACAUGCCAUUUGGACCAACCAGUGGUCAUAAGCCCGGAAUGCACUCGGCAGGAUCCCUCCCUCGCAUACCUCAUCCACCAUUUCCUGGAGGUCCCCAUUCUCAGCCGUAUGCAAUUCCAACUCGUGGAGCUGUUCAUGGACCAAUAGGUGCAGUUCCUCAAGUUCCUCAACCGGGGAAUAGGGGUUUUGGGGCUGGUCGUGGCAAUGCUGGUGGCCCUAUUGGUGGUCACCUUGGACAUCAUCAAAGUGCCCAACAAGCUGUGGGUGGUGUUGGUUCUUUUAAUUUCCCUGCUCUGGAUAAUCCUAAUAGCCAACCCUCUGUUGCGGGUCCAUUAUCCCAGUCUGGACUUAUGACUCAGGCACCAGGUCAAGGACUUAGCCAAACGUUCCGUGAUGGAUUUUCUAUGGGUGGCAUGUCUCAGGAAUUUUUGGGUGAUGAUUUCAAAAGCCAGGGAUCACAUGUUGCAUAUAAUAUUGCAGAUUUUUCUACUCAGGCUUCUCAAGGUGGAUAUGGUGUUGAUUAUAUGACACAGAGACAUACUGGGUAUCCUGGUAGUUAUCUGAACCAGAAUACCCAGCCAGGAUAUUCCCAUUUGGGCACUGCAAAUGAUUUUGGAUCUCAGGAUUACAUGGCUCAUGGUUCCCAAGGAUUAUUCACGCAAGCUGGAUUCAAUGACCCUUUGCAGGAUGAGUCUUCUCAGAGCCACUUUGGGAUUGCUGGACCCGGCCCUCUUCAGUCUCAGGCUGCGAACCCUCUUUAUUCACAACCCUUCAGCCCGUACAACGCCACAUCCCUGAAUAUGCAGCAGCAGCCUCAGCAGCAGAGCCAGAGCUCUCAAAACCAGAAACUUAACUUUAAUGGCUGAGAGCUGCGAGAGACGUCAAAUCAUCAUGUGGGUUAUAUUCUUUUGCAUCAAGCACAGUGGUUUAUGCUGAUGUGUGAAGGAUAGCAGGUGAAAGUGUGGUUUGCUUCUUUCGACCCAUUCAAGCAUAUUCAAAAGAUUUUUCCCAUUGAAAAAGAAAAAGACUUUUUGAACCGAUGUGCUCGAGGGUAUGAUUUGGAGCUUGCAACUAUCCAUCAGCCUGCUGCACAAAAGGCAUAGCCGGUGCUGAGGAAAGGAUUGCCCAAAGUUUAUGAGAUAAUGUUUGCAAGGGAGCACCUCAUGUUCUUGAUCAAAGGGAUCGUGCCAGUUCCUUCUACCUAUAUAAAUGGCUGUAUUUUUGUGAAGAUGUGCAUAAAAUAGAAGGUGGGUUUAAUAUGGGGGAGUGGGGUUACGGUUCAUUUGGCUGACCCAUACUUCUUAGUUUCCAAAUUGGGAUAUAACUUUUUGUACAGCAGCCUUGGAUGAAGGUCGGCCAUAGUUUCCUUGAUCAACUUCAUGUAUGGGUUAAACUCCUGCAAGAACUUAUGUGGAUUUGGUUUGUAUGGAUAAAUUAUUAUAUAAAGUCACAGUAGGCUGGGCUGCUGGUAGCCAUUCUGAUAUGGGCUGGACCUGCUGUAAAAUGUUUAUUGGUGUUUAUGUGAGAAAUUGAGCUCUUUUGGGGGUUCAUUUUAGUCAUUCUGAGGUUA